GUGGUUGUACGUGUGUGUGUGGGACUGUGGGCCAUGUGGUGUGUGUGGGUAUUUGUUAUACAAUGCAAUUACGAGUGACAAGAAGUCCACACGAUGGCCUCCAAUGAGAUAGAGAUAGAAGAAGAGGAAAGGUCUGCCCCACCCCCCUACGAAGAGACUGCCCCCCUCAUUGGUAAAUCCCCUAAGAACUACUCAACCGUACAAAAACGUGAGAAAGAUAAAGAGUUCGCCGAAUCAGAGGAGCACAAAUUGAAGGACUUCCAGUUGAUCAGAGUACCACAGAAAGCACCUCUUUUCAGUUUUCGGAAGCUAUGGGCGUUCACUGGCCCUGGUUUUCUCAUGAGCAUUGCGUAUAUUGAUCCUGGCAAUAUUGAGAGUGACCUUCAAGUGGGAGCAGUGACCCAAUACAAGUUGCUAUGGGUACUGCUGUGGUCUACAGUAAUGGGACUCAUCCUACAGUUGCUGUCGGCCAAGUUGGGUGUGGUCACAGGCCAACACUUGGCGCAGGUGUGUAGAGAGAGGUACCCCAAACCAGCUAGAAUCACACUGUGGCUGUCCAUGGAGCUGGCCAUCAUUGGCAGUGACAUACAGGAGGUGAUAGGGUCAGCACUCGCCAUUAACAUCCUCUCCCAGGGAACAGUCCCUCUGUGGGAGGGCUGUCUCAUCACUGGUAUAGACACAUUCAUUUUCCUCUUUCUCGAGAGCUACGGUCUCCGCUAUCUUGAAGCCUUCUUUGCUCUGCUCAUUGGUGUCAUGUGCGCCAUGUUUGGGUGGAUGUACGUUCACACAGCCAUUGAAGCAAACAACCAGUUGGAAGUCUUCAAAGGAGCUGUAAUACCAAUGUGUGCUAACUGUACAUCAGAUGCCGUCGUACAAGGCCUGGGGGUAGUGGGUGCGGUCAUCAUGCCCCACAACCUGUUCCUACACUCUGGACUAGUGCUGAGUCGAGCAAUCUCUAGGACAGAUCGUGUGGAGGUAAAGGAGGCAAUAAAGUACAACUACAUUGAAUCUUCCGUUGCCGUGAGUGUUUCCUUCUUUAUCAACAUGUUCGUCGUCUGUGCCUUUGGAGCUGCAAUUUUCGAUAAAGAUCUUCCGUUUGGCACCCCCAUUGAUGUGCAGUGGGCCUGUACCCCUAAGAACAUCAGUUUGUUAAGAGCUGUUGACUGUCUGUAUUACAGCAACGGUAUGCAAGAUUGGAUACGCUACGUUUGGGCAGUUGGGCUACUAGCAGCUGGACAGAGCUCAACCAUGACCGGCACUUACGCUGGACAGUUUGUUAUGGAGGGAUUUUUGGAUCUGAAGUGGGCCAAAUGGAAGAGGGUGCUUCUAACUCGCUCCGUUGCCAUGGUACCAUGUGUCAUCAUCGCUAUUCUAGCGGUGAAUAUUCUAGAUGUACUUUCUGACUACAUCAACGUGGAACAAAGCUUGUUGCUGCCUUUCUCACUGUUCCCCCUCCUCCACGCUACCUCUAGCAAAGAAGUCAUGGGAGAAUUUAAAAACUCUGUAGUGUGGUCUGUUGUGAUCUGGAUUAUGGCAUUGGUCAUUAUCGGAGUCAACAUCUACUUUGUGAUAGACAUCGUGGCACUCCCUGGUCACUGGUGGAGACACACACUGGCCGCCAUUGGACUGCUGAUAUAUCUGGUGGUCAUCUCUUACUUUGCCUUGUUUCCACUUCUAACGUGGUAUCGAAUUAAACGGAUUAAACUAAAGGUGGCUAGAGAGAAACCAGAAAUGCUAUCUAAAGACACUUCAGUUACAAUUAACUAACACUGAACUGGCUCUUAUUAUUUAAAUCCACUGUGACGUGUUUACAUAUCAAAUGUUGACUUUAUGUACAUGUGUUUUGUAUUGUUUACAUGUGACACAGUCUUGGUACUACUGCAGACUUUAUCAAA